AUGAACAACCAGAAUAUACCCCCGGGUUGUAUAGUGUGCGCCUGGUGUGCAAAGGUCGGCAUGAAGUUGUUUACGCUCCGGACGGCCAACGGCUGUAAAGCUUUUUGCAGUGAAUUAUGUUUUACACAAUGCAGAAGAGCGUCGUUUAAGAAGAAUAAGAUCUGCGAUUGGUGUAAACAUGUUAGACAUACCGUUAAUUACGUGGACUUUCAAGACGGCGAACAGCAGUUGCAGUUCUGUAGCAAUAAAUGCUUAAAUCAGUACAAAAUGAAUAUAUUCUGCAAUGAGGCCAAAGCGCACCUCCAUCUCAGUCCCACUCUCAUGAAGGACUCGACCACCAAAGCCACGCCCGUGUCGUCCACCAAAAACACAUCAAAUCUAAUUACACCCGAACUGUGGCUCAACAACACGAAGAAUGGCGAGAAUGACGGCAAUUCUGUCCACAGUUUUAUGGACAGCUCGGACUCGGAUCUGGAACUAGAGUUAGACGACUCGCAACCAAUGAACGCAUUGCCCCUAAAGCGCCGUUUCUCUGAGUUAUCCAAAGAAAGUAAUGAAACACCGAAAGACGAUAAGUCGCUCAGAGAUAAGUCACCCAAAGAGUCAAAACGUACCAAACAUUUACACAAAUCGUCGGGCAGUAGUCGUCACACACCCAGUGCUAAACACACCAGACAUUCAAACCCGGAAUUGCUUCAGAAAAGCGAGUGGCCGUCGAAGGAGUCAUCGACGGACAAGUUGUCGCCAAACUAUCAUCACUCGCCCACAUAUCGACCGAACCCCAGACCGCACUCACCGGCGCCGCCAGUGGUUCCCGCGCCGGUGUCAUCGAUACGGACCUCAAUGGUCGCCAACAAUCACAACAUUCCCCAACUGUUGAGUCAAUCUGUGGCCACUCCUAACAACAGAUCCGGUGCUUCACUCACUCCUAUGUUACCAAAUGGCUCUCCCACUGGGCAUCUGUUUCCGCGAUUGCCCGGCAGUAUAGCCAGAGGUGACCAUCAAAUCCGCGCCCCUCUCAUGCCUACGCCUGGGUUCGGGGCUCGAGUGCCGCCACCGAUGCCUCACAACAUGUUUGGCGCACAGAUGGAAAUGUUGCUCCGAAUGCAGUCCAGUUUUGCUGGUUUGCGGCCCCCUUUGCCGCCCUUUCUGCCGCCACACCCGCCCCCAAACGCCCAUUCCUUUCCAGGUUUGUCCCAUUUUAAUGGUUUACUUCCGCCGACCGGAGGGCCACUAUUGCCGCCGUCGUAUCAAAUCAAUGGCCCUCAAUUGCCCGCACAGAUGUUUCCCAACUGUUCACUAUUGCCUCCCAUGACUAUUAUGGUUCCCUAUCCGGUGCCGCUUCCAAUACCAAUCCCAAUACCGAUUCCAUUACUGUUUCCAAUCGACAAGAAUUCAAAAACGGAUAAUACUAAUCAAAAUCAUGAUAACAGUAAACAUUGUAAUAAUCAUAACAACAAUCAGACGAAUAUAAGCUCAAGCAAUGACGUGACCACCACUUCGCACAACUCUAAUAAAGGGGUUCUCGCGGGCACUAUCGGUGCGAACGUGUGUCCCAUUAGUACUGCCAGUAAAGUAGAGUCUGUUAUCUCUAAACUGGUUGAGAGGAAGACUAAAGCCAUUAACAAUACGAAUAAUAAUAACAUUAAUGAAAAUAAUAUCAUUAAAAGUAAGCAGAAGAGUGCGAACUCAAUGCGAAGAACCGAUGACAACAACAGUAGUCAAGAAAGUGAGGAACAGAUGAGUGAUAGCAGUGACGAUGGUGUCGGAGAAGAGGUGCCACAAAAUUUGGUACUUUCUCGCGAUAAUCACAGGCCGUCCGCCGGCCGUCCCUUCAGUCCCACCAUUACUAACAAUGGAUAUCAUUUACAAUAAUAUAAGAUAAUUGUCGGAAAACAGCCCAUAAAACAGGAAAACAUCCAUUUAUUCAAAUUAUAAGCGCUUUAUUAAUAUAUUUAUUUUAUGUAAUUUACUGCUAGA